AAUCACAGGAUAUUCUGAGUUGGAAGGGACCCACAAGGAUCAUCAAGUCCAGCUCUUAGCCAAACAUCUCCACGUUGCAGAAGCAUCUCCCUGGCGGGGCUGCUUUCCCCAGGAGCAGUGGGAUAACCUGGCUGCCGUGUCCCCAGGGCUGGUGGCCCGAGCCGGGAGCAUGAGCGAGUUCCGCAUCCACCACGACGUGAACGAGCUGCUGAGCCUGCUGCGGGUGCACGGCGGGGAGGGCGCCGAGGUCUACAUCGAGCUGCUGCAGAAGAACCGCACGCCUUACGUCACCACCAACGUCUCUGCCCACAGUGCCAAGGUGAAAAUAGCAGAGUUUUCUCGAACUCCUGAAGAUUUUCUAAAGAAGUACGAUGAGCUGAAGUCUAAAAACACAAGACAUCUGGAUUCUUUAGUUUACCUGCUGUCCAAACUCACCGAAGACAAAGAGACACUCCACUACCUGCAACAAAAUGCUAAAGAAAGGGCGGAACUCGCAGCAAAUGCAGCCACCAGCAGCAGCACGAAUUUUUCCAUCCCCUCAUCCACUUCCAAGAUGUCUCUGCAGGAGCUGGAGGAGCUGCGCAAGCAGCUGGGCAGCGUCACGGCCAACUCCAGUGCACAGCAGCCUCUUGAGCUUACACGAAAAAUCCUUCGGGAUAAGCAGAACAAGAAGAAUUCUGGUCAGCCCAUUCCAGUAUUUCCGUCCUGGGUGUAUGAGAGACCUGCACUUAUUGGGGAUUUCUUAAUUGGCACCAGUCUAAGCACUGACACAACAGUACCAAUAGGUACUUUGCCACUGGCCUCCCAGGAAUCCAUGAUUGUGGAGGACUUGCUGUACGUGCUGAUUGGCGUGGAUGGAAGGUACAUCACAGCACAGGCCCUUGUGGGCAGGCAGAACAGAGCCUUCUCACUCGAUCCAAACCUGGACUUGUCCAUCAAGGAGUUGGUGACCAGGAUUCUUCCUGUGGCAGCCAGCUACUCUGCUGUCACCAGGUUUAUAGAGGAGAAAUCUUCCUUUGAGUAUGGACAGGUAAAUCAUGCUCUGGCUGCAGCCAUGCGGACUCUAAUCAAGGAGUACAUGAUAUUAAUUACCCAGCUGGAGCAUCUUCAGAGGCAGGGCCUUCUGUCACUGCAGAAGCUGUGGUUUUACAUCCAGCCCACAAUGAGGACCCUGGAGAUUCUGGCUUCGCUGGCUACUUCUGUGGAUAAGGGUGAGUGUAUGGGAGGAUCAACCCUGAGCUUGCUCCAUGACAAGACUUUCAAUUACACAGGGGACAGCCAGGCCCAGGAGCUGUGCCUGUAUUUAACCAAGGCAGCCAGCGUGCCUUACUUUGAAAUCCUGGAAAAGUGGAUAUAUAGAGGCAUUAUUAAUGAUCCAUACAGUGAGUUCAUGGUGGAGGAGCACGAGCUGCAGAAGGAGAAGAUUCAGGAGGACUAUAAUGACAAGUACUGGGAUCAGAGAUACACUGUUGUUCAACAGCAGAUUCCCUCCUUCUUGCAGAAAAUGGCUGACAAAAUCCUAAGCACAGGGAAAUAUUUAAAUGUUGUGCGGGAAUGUGGGCGAGAUGUCACCUGCCCUGUGGCCAAAGAGGUCAUCUACACUUUAAAGGAGAGAGCUUAUGUGGAACAAAUAGAAAAAGCAUAUAACUAUGCCAGCAAAGUUCUUCUGGACUUCCUGAUGGAGGAGAAAGAGCUGGUGGCUCACCUAAGAUCUAUAAAACACUAUUUCCUAAUGGAUCAAGGGGACUUUUUUGUUCAUUUCAUGGAUUUGACAGAGGAGGAACUUAAGAAGCCUGUAGAUGAUAUCAUAACGACGAGGCUGGAGGCUCUGCUGGAAUUAGCCCUGAGAAUGAGCACAGCCAACACUGAUCCCUUCAAGGAUGAUUUAAAGAUUGAUUUGAUGCCCCAUGACCUCAUCACGCAGCUCCUGAGGGUGUUGGCCAUAGAAACAAAGCAGGAGAAGGCCAUCAUCAGCGCAGAGCCCACAGAGCUCACCCUCAGUGGCCUGGAGGCCUUUUCCUUUGACUACAUUGUGAAGUGGCCUCUGUCCCUCAUCAUAAACAGGAAAGCACUGACAAGGUACCAGAUGCUUUUCAGACACAUGUUCUACUGCAAGCACGUGGAAAGGCAGCUGUGCAAUGUUUGGAUCAGCAAUAAGACAGCCAAGCAAUUCUCCCUGCAUUCAGCUAAGUGGUUUGCUGGUGCUUUCACACUGCGGCAGCGGAUGCUGAAUUUUGUGCAGAAUAUCCAGUAUUACAUGAUGUUUGAAGUGAUGGAGCCAACAUGGCACAUUCUGGAGAAGAACCUGAAGCUGGCAUCCAACAUUGACGAUGUCCUGAGCCACCACACGAGCUUCCUGGACAACUGUCUGAAGGACUGCAUGCUCACCAACCCGGAGCUGCUCAAGAUCUUCUCCAAGCUGAUGUCUGUGUGUGUCAUGUUCACCAACUGCAUGCAGAGGUUCACCCAGAGCAUGAAGCUGGACAGUGAGAUGGAGAGGCUCACCCUGGAGCACGGCACCAUGCUGGGCCCUCCCACUGAGGAGGAGCGUGCUGAGGAGGCUGCCAAGAAAAAGCUGACCAACAAGCUUUUAGCAGAGCAUGCUGACAGCCUGCACCUCACAUCUGGCUUUGAAGCCACCAUCAACAAGUUUGACAGCAAUUUCUCCACACAUCUGCUGGACCUGCUGGACAAACUGAGCGUGUACAGCACCAAUGACUGCGAGCACAGCAUGCUCAACAUCAUCUACAGGGACCUCCCAGAGCUCACUGGAGGGAAGAGCCAGGUUCUGUGUGUUCCAUGGCCUACAGCUGCUCCUCCAGCUUGCCAGAGGAGGAGAGAUCCCAGGAGAGGGUGGGCACCACCAGCAAGCAUUGAAUCCCACGAGAAGUCAUGGAGAGUUCAUUUUUUAAAUCAACUGCAAACUCCCAAGCGCCCAUCGAUGACUAAUCCCAAAUCCGUUCACACCCACGUGCCUGUGUCCAUUUCCAUUUCCUGGUUAGCCCUGGCCUGAAACACCAAGAAAUACAAACGUGCCCGGCUUAUCUGCCCUGGUA